AUUUGAGGUUCGGAAUGGGGAAAAAGAAAAGAAAAAGAAAGCUGAAGCGUGAAUAAAAUAGCAGGAACUACAAGCAUAUACGUGCCUAUAUUUAAGUAUUAUGUGUUUGUUUUUGUUUUUAAUUCCUUGAGUUCUGUGUUUGUGUUAUUGUCGCUUUAAGUCGUGUGGGCGGAGCUACGAUUGAUUGACACGUGCAGCCUUUUCCACAUGGUGACUGGAUGUUUUUUUUUCCAUCCUAGUCUUACGCUGAAAAAAAGAGGAAUAACAGGCUGGGUAAGCUUUUGUACUUCCAAGUUUGUGGGACCUGACUGAAAUAAUGAAGACAAAUGCAGAUGCACCGAGUGACCGUUGGAAGUUAGUAGGAAUCUGUUUCUUUAUCCUUGGUCUGGGAACACUGCUGCCUUGGAAUUUUUUCAUGACCGCCUCAAUGUACUUCAAUAACAGGCUUAACACGUCAGAAUGGAGCAACGGCACCCUUACGGCAACGAAGGAGUACUAUUUCAACAACUGGAUGACGCUGCUAUCCCAGCUGCCUCUGCUGCUCUUCACCUUACUCAACUCCAUCCUCUACCCACGGAUCCCUGAAAGGAUUCGAAUAGCAGGCAGCCUGGUCUUCAUCCUCAUCCUCUUCAUCCUCACAGCGAUCCUGGUAAAGGUUCCAAUGGAGCAAGACCGCUUCUUUUCCAUCACCAUGGCGACAAUCUGGUUCAUAAAUUCGUUCGGAGCAGUGCUGCAGGGGAGCCUGUUCGGCUUGGUAGGCUUGCUGCCUCAGAAAUACAGCGCACCGUUCAUGAGUGGACAAAGUCUCGCCGGGACGUUCGCCGCUCUUGCCAUGCUGUUCGCCAUCGCAAGUGAGACAGAUGAAGAAACUGCAGCUCUCGGAUACUUCAUCACUCCAUGUGUGGGGACUCUGGUAACACUGUUCAGCUACGUGCUGCUGCCCAAACUGGAGUUUGCCAGAUUUUACCUCAACAAGAGUAAAGACCAAACCUAUGAGAUCGAAGUUUCUGCUGAGCUUCUGCCUGAAGGAACACAGGAGAAUGGGGAACUGAACAUUCAGGCCACUGAUUCACUGCCUAAUGGAUCUCCCAAAAGUCCAGAGUGUGAUGGUGCCAAGCAAGCAUUUAUUUGUGUUGACACUGAGCAUGCCAAGCAAGCAAAGAGCUCUGUGUUGGAAGUGUUUAAAAAGAUUUGGGUGAUGGCGUUUUGCGUAACGUUCGUGUUCACGGUUACGCUCUCGGUCUUCCCCGCCGUCACGGUGGACGUGAAAACUGCCUACCCAGGAAAGUGGGAAAGGUAUUUUAUCCCUGUAUGCUGUUUCCUGCUCUUUAACCUGAUGGACUUGACUGGGAGAUUUGUCACCUCUUGGGUGCAAUGGCCUUCUAAAGAGAGUCGGUUGUUCCCGAUACUAGUGGUGUCCCGUAUGAUCUUCAUUCCUCUGCUGAUGUUAUGUAACGUUCAGGGCCGAAGCUUCCUGCCUGUAUUCUUUUCCAGUGACUGGAUGUUUGUCAUAAUCAUGCUGCUCUUUUCCUUGUCCAGCGGUUACUUCGUCUGCCUGUCUAUGACUUACGCACCGCAGUUGGCGGGUCCACAAGACGGAGAGACAGCAGGAGCUCUGAUGACCUUCUUCCUAGCUCUGGGGCUUUCUCUAGGAGCUGCUCUGUCCUUCUUGCUGCGGUUCAUUGUAUAGUUUAAUCCGACGCUUCUGCGAGGUGACCAGGCCCGGUCUGUGCCAUCGCUUCCUGACGUGUGAUCCGUUACCAGAAGCACUGCGGACAAAACAACCUAAUCACUUAAUUCUAUUUAAUGUUUUAGCAGAAGGCUGGAAAGAAAAAGAAAACACUGCCCUAUUUUUAUUGAGAUGUUUUUUAUUGCACUAUCUUGGUUUAUUUUCUAAAAGGGAAGUCUUGACGAUGAAAGAACAAAAAGGGAAUUGUUUAUUCUCGGGGGUGGGGUUGGAUUGGGGGGGGGUGUUUAUUCUCAGUUCAGUUUCUACCAAACUCUUCUUCCAGAGUAGUUAAAGUUGAAUGGUUUGGCGAGUGAAGCGGUGGAGUGAUGCAAUCCUUUCCUUUCAAUCACAGGGACUAUCACUUCAUGCCUUGUUUUUUUGUUUGGUUUUUGUGGCAUCUGCCAAAUGCUGGAAAUGUAAAUGUCGAAGAAUAGAAAUCGGCAUGGAUGGAUAGGAGAAAGAAUGGGAUCACCAUGGAUGAUGGAUGGAUUGGAAAAAGAAUAGUACUCACCGGGGAUGAGUAGGGAUAAAGAAUGGGAAUCAGGAGGGAUGCACGGGUAGAAAGAAUUAAGAAUUAUGAAUGGGAAAGAAUGAGAAGACGGACGGAUGGACAGAAGGACAGGAAAAAGAAUGGGACUAUGAAUAGAAGGUAGAAACCUUAAGAAGAAUGCUGGAUAAAUAUACGGAUGCACGGACGGAUGAAUGGGAAUCUGCCUGGAUGGAUGGAGGGAUUUAUGGGAGAAAGAAUGGGAAUCUGCCUGGAUGGAUGGAGGGAUUUAUGGGAGAAAGAAUGGGAAUCUGCCUGGAUGGAUGGAGGGAUUUAUGGGAGAAAGAAUGGGAAUCUCCAUAGAUGAGAGAAUGGGACUUUGCAUGAAAUCAGCCAUGUACCUUCACACUAUGACGAAAAAGAUCCUAUUGUUUAUUUGUUGUUAGCAAACCAGCAGUGGUGUGGAAAAAUUAGAUGCUGAUUUUUAUUAACUCAUAUCCUAAUGGUACUUUAACCAUUAAGCAUAACCUCAGGAACGUUCUUGUUACACACCUCGUGACAUGUAAAAAAUGAAAAUGUAUACUGUGCUGUUUUGGUUUUCUUGUUCACAAGAAAAAGGAAGAGAAAAAGGGAAGUUUUCGAUUUUGUCCGUUAAAAGGAACUCGUGUUUUAACCCACAUGCACACAGUGAACACCAGAUUUGUGCAGGAAGACGAAGGGAAAUUCAUAUACUUGCAGAAUUCUCUGAUUUCUAAGCCUCAGGCUGUAUUUAUAAGCUUAGUAGAACACAUAAUAGAUCAAUUUUGUUUAAGAUUAAACACUUUUUUUUUCCCAUGAAGUGUAACCGUGUAUUAAAAAUAGAACAUACAACUGAAUAACCAUGUUCUAUUCAGUAUUACGUGUAACCGAACAUGGAUUGUAGGAAUGUAUUUAUUUUUAUUUUUUUUGCAACGCAUAUUCAACGUAAACCUUCGCACGGAUCGAUUCUUAGAAUAAGGGAAAGACGCAUGGAGCAAUGCACACUACGCGAAUGUAAUUUAUCGUAGAGUAAAUUGAAGGCUUUUAGUGAAGCUCGUCUACGUGGUCCUCGAUGAGAGUUAUGGCAGGUCUACACUUCGGCCCUGUUUGUUUCGACUGGUUUGAAAUGGACCACAAAAGCCAAGCUGGACUUUUUUUUUUUUUUUAAACCGAGCUUUUCUCCUGAAUGCCUGUUUCCAUGGUAGCUUUUAGAAGUGUUUUGUUUCACUUUGCAGCUCUGGGCUAUAAAUCCCAUAUGCAAAUUCUGUGCAUUGGUAAAAGAUUUUUGUUUAGUGUGUGUUUUCAUGAUUUUUUUAAUUGUUUUAUGACUGACUGACUUUUGGUCCUGUAAUUGCUCAAUGAUGUUUUUUUUUUAAAUACACUUUAUUAGUUGUUGUUUUUUUUUGUUUUUUUAACAUUUAUGGUAGAUAUCCUUAACUAUGAGCAACUUGCAUUUAUCUCCUAACUUAUAUAUAUAUACAACUGAGCAAUUGAGGGCUGAAGUACUUGCUCAGGGGCCCAGAAGUUGUAACUUACUGUUUUUUUAUUAUUAUUAUUAUUAUUAUUAUUAUUAUUAUUGUAUGCUGACUUGAAGCAGGUUUGCUUUAAACUUUAAGCGAGGUGAAAAUAAAAAGGAUUAAGAUUCUCCUUAACCUCUAUCAGAUCUUUUGUGAGAAGUAAGAGGUGUAUCCUGAACUGAUUUCUAUCCAGUGUCUGAAUAUAUGUUCCAAUCACUUUGUAAACAAAAGCCUUUUUUUUAUUCAGAAGGAUGUACACCUUGAUCUGUAAGUUAAUAGCGACCUGAUGAACUUGUUUCUAUGCAUGAGACAUGGUUGAGUUCCAACACCCCAAUAAUAUGCAGGUUACUCGGCCCUCUAGUAGUUCUUGACUAUCUAUAUACAUAUUUGAAAGCCAUUGUAUUUAUAAAAAAAAAAGCGAUUUGCUGAAAUAAAAUGCGAUAUUUUGGCUGUUUUAUGAUGUGAGGUCAAAUAAAAUGAAUGGAUUUGUUUGGA